AGCACGACAUUAAUCAUUUUUCAUACAGAGUACCAAGCUGCUCAUUCGAAAUCACAACGAUGAAUCACUCUCUGGGGAAUACCAGCUACUUUUUGGCUUCUGGCAUUUCAGUAGAAAACUGUUCACUUCCUCUGUCUCAUGGAUUAGCCCUUAUCUCAAUAAACACUAUCGUGAGUAUAGCGGGAACGCUUGGGAAUCUACUGGUUUGUUUAGCGGUUGCCAAAGUUCCUCGCCUUCGCAGACCUGCAAACUUCCUUCUAUUCAGCUUGGCCCUAGCUGAUUUACUUGUGACUAUGGUGUGCGUACCGUUAUUUCUGGUAAUCCUCACCAGAAGAGCUUUUUUUAAUGACUGUGCAAAGGACUUGGAACGCCCAUACGUGAUCUUAUCCAUGCUUUCGUGCUCUGCUUCAGUAGAACAUAUUGCGGCUAUCAGUGUUGAUCGUGUUAUCGCUAUUUUGUACCCUCUGCACUACAAAGGUAUCAUGGAGAAUCGUGGUUGGAAGGCGAUGCUUCUAAAGUCUUGGAUAUCACCGAUUGUGGUUCCCGUUUUGAACCCCAUUAUUCCGAAGAGAUUUCCCAAACGUUUCGUUGCAUUCGGAAUUUUCAGCCUCAGCUACAUGGCUGUGUUUGUGUCGUACUCUCUGAUAGUAAUAUCGCUGGUCAAACAUCGGAAAAAACAAAUACAGAUCAGAGCUUAUCCUUCCAAUGAUGCUGGCAACUUCCAGAAUUUCCGCGUCGAGAUUCGCAUUGCUUUUACACUGGCGAUUGUGAUCGUUGUUUUCACUGCUUGUUGGGUUCCACUUUUUGCCACGUUUUUUGCAGCUGGGAAGCUACUGGUGAAUGAUCGCGGUAUGGCUUUUAUAUGGAUCAGGACCUUGGCUCUUUCAAACUCCGCAAUGAAUUUCGUGAUUUAUGGCUCUCGAAUGCGGAACUUUCGAGAGGCGUUCACCGAAAUUUUGCGGAAGAUUCUUAGCUGUUGUGAAUGUUCACGAACCAAUGUUCCCGAUGUCAGGUUACAAACAUUACGAUCUUAAAAUCAUUUAAAUGAAAAAAAUAUGAAGAUAAGUUAAGAACUAAAAAAACACAGUGGUAAUCUGUGCGCGUUCAUUUAAUUAACAGUCGAGUCCUCUUUCGCCAAGAGUGUAAUUAAAAUCCGAGUUCUAACACACAGUCUGUCCGUGAUCAGACAGAUCACAAUAUCACACAGUCUGUACACAGGAGCGAACGUCAUAGUAACAAUUAGCAGCAUCAUUUUUGGUUUAUCUGUCAGAUGCUAAGCUUUUCUUGUUUUUCGUUGCUUUGAACAAGUGCAAAAUUCUCCUGAAGACAAAAUCGAAGAAUUCCAGGAGAGUUAGGAAACUCAUUCCAAGGAAAAGACCAAAAGUACCACCCAGGUUUCCUAGUGGAACAACAGUAGACAGCUUGGUGCUAAAGUGGUGUCUGAGUGAUGAAAUAAUGUGAACUAAAUUUAAUGGCUGCUGUAGUAAAGUAUUUUUUUCUUUACUGAACAUAAUUUACAAGAAUUUUGAUGGCACAUGAACGCUUUUCCAGCAAGAAAACGUUGGGGUAUAAAGACAUGAAAGAUCUUUCGUUAAUGUAGUUCUAACAUUAGUGGACAUACAUGCAUACUACACUGUUUCAUCAAAUUCAAAGUUAUAACUUUUUGUCUUCACAGAGAGCGGGUGCAGAGAUUCCCUACAUUUUAAGACAUUGGGAAUAUCAAAUAAUGAAAAGAUCGUCGUGAUGUUCACAACUAGGUCACUAAGUAUGGGUUAUCGGAAUUCUUACCGGCCAUUUAUCAACAUGCGCUUACAAAGGCACAACACACCGAGAGAUAAUUGUAAAAACUUCAAAUAAUUUCACUACUUACCAAUCAAAGCCCAUGUUUCAAAAACAGGUUUUUGCUC